GCAUAUGUCAUGGCUGCUACAAUCUCAUCAACUGAUGCGCAUAAGAUCCAACGGCAUAAUGUCGGCAACACCUAUAUGAUUACCGACUUACCCGAGGACAUUCUUCUUCAUAUUCUUUCUUUACUUCCUACCAAAGAUGCCGUAAGAACUUCCGUAUUAUCAAACAGGUGGAGGCACUUGUGGACUUACUUAACUGUCUUUCAUUUUGAUACUGGUCUAUAUGAGUCAAACCAUCCAAAUUCGAAAAACACUGCAAAUUGUCUCUUAGAUCUAGUUGGAAGACUACUGCGCAAAUCUAAUCACGUAGAAAGGCUCGGCGUUGAAAUUCUUGAAACUGUUGUUGACAGAAACAAAGUUCAUUCUUUAAUAUCUUCUGCUGCAAAGCAUAGAGUCCAAUAUCUUGAACUUUCUCUAGGUGAUCGAAAUGAUAAGUUUGUGUUACCCCGUAGUUUCUCAACUUUCCAGUCAUUGAGUGAACUACAUUUAGGGCUCAUGUUCACUCUACAUAUUCCUAGUGGUAUUCGUUUCCCUAACUUGAAGAAAUUAGUUGUUUCCGAUGUUACCUUUUCGAAUGAGAACUCAGUUCAACAACUCUUCUCUGGGUGCCCUAUCUUACAGGAGUUGGACUUAUGUAAUUGUUAUUGGAAGAGCAUAGAGCAUAUCAAUGUUGCAAUUUCCACAUUAGGGAAGUUGACAAUCGAAUUUGACGAUUUUAGUGUAAAUUAUGAUCAUGAUAUGACACUAACGAUUGAUGCUGAGAAUCUUUUAUCUUUAACCUGCGACUGUAAUCCUGCAAUAGAAAUCAUCCCUGUUAACCUCACCUCCAUUGUCGAUGCACUUAUUGAUAUUGGAUAUGACAAUGACGAUACACCUACAUAUGAUGUUGCUGACUGUUCAUAUGAUCUAUUGAGCGGACUUGGUAGUGUCAAGUUUCUCUAUGUACACCAUGAUACUCUUGAGUGUCUUUACUAUACAGAGGAUAAUCUCCAUCUCCUUCCUACAUUUCACCAUUUGACACAUCUUGUUGUGGAUUCUGAGAGUCCCGAGUAUACUAAUGAAGUAUUAAUGGACAUUCUCCGAAAGACUCCUAAACUAGAAUUUCUCGAGAUACCUGGGGUGGUACUUAACUAUCUGGAUGGUGAAGAUCAGAUAUUGAACUCACUGCCUUGCUGUUUCAACACUUCUCUCAGUAGUUUAUGCUUUUUAUAUUUUUAUGGAGAUGAAUAUGAAAUCAAAUUCGUCAAGUUUAUCUUAGAAAAUGCCCCACAUUUAGUCGAGAUGAACAUACACUGUUCAAGACAUUUACUAGCUGAUACAGAGAAGGUGACUGCUAUCCGGGACCAAUUGGAAGAUGUAGGCCUUGAAAGUUGUGUCAUCAAGUUUCUUAACCACGACUACGAAGACUCUGAUGAUGAUGAUGAUGAUGAACCUGACAAGGAUGAAGCUAGAUAUCAACUUCAGACUUUCUCUUUAAUGAUUUGUUUGUUCACUGUUCCAGUGAUAAUGAUUUUAUUGCUACUUUUCUUCUAG